GAGGGGCGGGCGCAGGGCGGCGGCGGCGGCCCGGGAUCGGGAUCGGGAUCGGCCCCGGGAUCGGGAUCGGCCCCGGGAUGGCGAUGGCGGGGCCGGGGCUGGAGCGGUACCGGCUGGCGCUGCUGGCGGCGCGGGAGGACGUGGGGAACCCCCGGGCUGGGACCGACUGGGCCGUCUUCGGCUAUGAGAAGCACCACGACCUCAAGCUGCUGGAUUCCGGAGCCGGGGGGCCGGAUGAGCUCGCUGGAAAGUUCUCUGCGGGCAGCGUCAUGUACGGGCUGUGCCGGGUCCGCGAUCCCGGCUCGGGCAGCCCCAGGAUCGUCCUGAUCAGCUGGGUGGGGGAAAAGGUGCCGGAACCGCAGCGGGCGGCGUGUGCCGGGCACCUGCCGGCCAUCCGGAGCUUCUUCAGGGAGGCCACGGCCGUGAUCAGCGCCCGCCGCGCCGAGGAGGGGACGCUGGAGGGGCUGCGCCGGGUGCUGGCCCAGCUGCAGCCCCCCGCCCCCCGGCCCCCCAGGAGGACCCCCCAGGACACCCCCGAGCUGGUGGGAACCAACUACCGCAAAACCAACCCGGCGCUGGAGCUGCAGCGCACCCAGCGCGAUUCCUUCUGGGAGCAGGCUGAGCGCGAGGAGCAGCAGCGGAAGGAGCAGGAGCGGCAGCGGGAGCGGGAGCAGCGGCGGCGCUGGGAGCGGGAGCGCAUGGAGGAGGAGCGGCUGCAGGCGGCGGAGCGGGAGCGGCGGCUGCAGGAGCGGGAGCGGCUCAUCGAGGAGCGGCGGCAGGAGCAGGCGCGGCUGGACGCGGAGGAGCGCAGGAAGGAGCAGGAGCGAUGGGAGCAGCAGCAGCGGGAGCAGGAGGCGGCCGAGCGGGAGCGCGGGGCUCGCACCGGGCUCAGCGGGACGGCGGCCGAAGCCGCCAUCCUGGUCUCCCAGCGCGCCCAGAACCCCCGGGAAUUCUUCCGGCAGCGGGAGCGCUCGGGCUCCACGUCCGCGUCCCCCGUGCCCGGCAGCGCCCCCGGUGCCCGCCGGCCCUUCCUGCGGUACCAGCGCAGCCUGACGGAGUCCGCCUUCAUCUUCCGCCGGCCGGAGCCGCUCCAGAGCCCCCCGCCCGGCGCCCCCAGGGGGGCACCGCCCCCCAGCCCCCGCCGGCCGCCGCCGCCGCUGCCCCCCGGCCCCGCGGGGACAGGGACCCCCCGGAGUGCCACCAGCGGGACCCCCGCCAGCCCCACGGGGAGGGACACCCCUCCCUCUGCCUCGCUGGGGACGCCCCCCAGCCCAGCCCGAGCGGGGUCCCCCCAUGCCACCAGCCCUGCGGGGACAGGGACCCCAGAAUGUGGCACCCUGGGGACCCCCCCCAGCCCAGCCCGAGCAGGGUCCCCCCUUGCCACCAGCCCUGCGGGGACAGGGACCCCAGAAUGUGGCACCCUGGGGAACCCCCCCAGCCCUGCGGGGACAGGGACCCCCCAAAGUGCCACCACCGGGACUCUCCACACCCCCCUGGGGACAGGGACCCCUCCCUCUGCCCCCCCCGGGAGCCCCCCCAGAAUAGGCUUCGCGCUGCUGCUGGCCCGGGACGCCCCCCACCCACCGCUUUUGGGGGGCCCCAGCCCCCCCACCGAGGACGAGGACCUCUCCCCCCACGCCGUGUAG